AUGUUGACAAUUCUAAACAUUUACUUCGCCUAUUCACACAUGUGUGAACACCAAAAAUGCCUCAAAGAAAAGCGAGAAGCCGAGAAACAACGCAUUGAAAAUGAAAAGAAGCUUGAAACGGACUUCGCUGAGUUCAAAAAGACUUUGACUUCAGAACAACAGACUUUACUCGACGAGUACAUCAAAUACGAAACUGAGAAAGACGAGUUUUCUUCUUCAGACGUCGACAAAGGAAGUGACAAAGACGAUGAUAAGUGUAAAAGAAAACGUGAGAAGUGUCCAAUGGAUAAAGAGAGACGACAAAUGAAGAGAAUGUGGAAAUGGCAUAUGAUGAACCAAAUGUAUAACAGACCACCUCCACCACCCAUGUGUUGCCCACCACCUCAAUUUGGAUAUGACCAAAUUGGAUGCGGUUUUGGCAUAAGACCAUUCCAUCAACCAUAUUAUGGGUGCUGCCCACCUCCACCUCCUAUGAUGGAACUUAAUCCUUACGGAUGCAAUCAAAUGUGCUUCCCACCUCCACCACCACCAUUUUUUGGUCGAUUUGGAGGUUGGGAAAGAGGAAGACGACAUCACCCACAAUUGUGA